AUGGACUCAGCAACCAAGGACGAAAUGCAGCCCUCGCUUCCCCCUGGGCCUGAGUGGCCAGAGCAGGAGAGGGCGGAGCGGCUGGCCCGAGGAGCAGCACUCAAAUGGGCCUCGGGGAUCUUCUACCGGCCGGAGCAGCUGGCCAGACUGGGCCAGUACCGCAGCCGUGAGGUUCAGCGUACCUGUUCACUGGAAGCGCGCAUCAAGUCGGUGGUGCAGUCCUACCUGGAGGGCGUGAAGACGGGUGUGUGGCAGCUGGCCCAGGCUUCUGAGGCUGUGCAGGGCGCCCGUGAGGCCCUGGGCCAGGCCCACAGGUUGCUUCAGGGUGCGGCAGAGGCCACGCAGACCCUCAGGCCGCUGCGGGAGCAGGUGGUGCAGCACAAGCAGCUGCAGGUCCUGUCUCAGCUGCUGCCCCGGCUCUGGGCAGUGCCAGCCGCAGUGGCCCACGCGCGGAGCCUGAUUGAUGCCAGGCAGCUCUUGGAGGCAUAUGUGUGCCUUCGGGAGCUGGAGCAGCUGCAAGAGGAGACGUGGGCACCUCUGGGGGGCCUGGAGUUGGCAGUCUUCGAGGGGCUGGGCCCCCUGGCUGAGGCUCUGGGCCAGGCGGUGGAGGCGGCUGCAGGGGCCGCAGGGCGGCUGGCGCGGGAGGACCCAGCCCAGCUGGUGGCUGCCGUGCGUGUGGCGGAGGUGGAUGCUGGGUACACAGCCUCCCUGGAGCUGGCCCCCAGGGGCUGGCGGCAGCGCUGUCUGCAGGCAUUACAGCAGGGCCUGGACAGGACCCACUUUGGGACGCCUCUCCUGCCUGAGCCGGGGGCCCUGGCAGGGUGGCUGGAGGCUCUGCGGGUGGCUUUACCGGCCGAGCUGGCCAUAGCUGAAGCACUAGUAGCACCCUGCUGCCCACCGCACUACAAGGUGGUCCAGCUGUGGGCCCACACCCUGCACAGUGGACUGCGCCGCUGCCUGCAGCAGCUCCUGGGAGGGCCUGAGCUAGGAGCUGCUGAUGCCUUCACCCUGCUGCACUGGGCACUGCAUGUGUACCUGGGGCCAGAAAUGAUGGGGAGCCUAGAGUUGGGGCCUGAGGCUGACGUGUCUCAGCUGGAGCCCCUCCUGACCCCGGAGAACAUUGAACAGCUGGAGGCAACAUUUGUGGCCCAAAUCCAGGCAAAUGUGGCCCAGUGGCUGCAGAAGGCACUGGAUGGGGAGGUAGCUGAGUGGAACCGAGAGCAGGAACCUGGCACAGACUCUUCUGGCUUCUACCACUCACCUAUGCCGGCCAUAGUGCUGCAGAUCCUGGAAGAGAACAUUCGCGUGAGCAGCCUGGUCAGCGAGUCACUGCAGCAGCGGGUGCAGGGCAUGGCGCUCUCGGAACUGGGCACGUUCCUGAGGAGCUUUAGUGAUGCUCUGAUCCGAUUCUCCCGAGACCACGCCAGGGGGGAAGCAAUGCCUCCUCAUUAUGUGCCCUACCUACUGGCCACCCUCAACCACCAGUCAGCACUCAGCUCCUCCGUGUCGGUCCUGCAGCCCGACGGGGCGGCUUCAGGAGCUUUGGCUCCGGUGGAGACAGCGCUGGACGAGUUGCAGAGGAGGAUCUGCCGCCUGGUGUUGGAGGCGCUGCUGGCGGAGCUCCAGCCCCUGUUCGCGGCUCUGCCCUCACGCCGGUGGCUGUCGAGCCCAGAGCUGCUGGACGAUGUGUGCGAGCGGACGGCGCGCUUCUGCCAGGAUUUUAGGCGCGUGAGGAAUCCUGCGGCCCAGCUGCUCCUGGCCGAGGCGGAACGUACGGUAGUACUGCAAUACCUGCGUGCGCUGAUGCAGGGCCGCCUGGUGUGCCGAGGAGCCGACGAGAGGACCCAGGCGGCCGAGCGCCUGCAGCAAGACGCGGCCCAGCUUCGGGAACUUUUCCUUGGCUUGGGCCUGGAGGAGAGUGUUCAGUGCGCGCCAGUGCUCCUCGCUCUGCGGGAUCUGCUGAACCUCCGCGACCCCAUGCUGCUUGGCCUCGAGGUGGCAGGCCUGCGACAAAAAUUUCCAGACGUGAGCGAGGAUCAUGUCUCUGCCCUCUUGGACCUGCGCGGGGACGUGUCGCGGGAGCAGCGCCUGGCCGCACUCAGCUCCUUGCAGGUGGGCCCACAGCCCUCGCCCUCUGCCGGUCGCCGCGCACUCUUCAGCCUCGUCCCAGCACCUGCUCCUGCGCUGUCCUCCUGCCUUCCCUCGGGGCCCUGUGCCUGA